AUGCAGGACAUACUUACUAGCUUUUUCAUAUUUUGCAUUGCUUCAUCUCAGUUGCUUGGUAUUGUGUACAGCAAAACAACAUUUGAUGUUGUCAAAUUUGGUGCUGUUGGAGAUGGCCAAACUGAUGAUACCGAAGCUUUUGUAAAAGCAUGGACAGCCUUAUGUGGAGCAGCUGCAGCUGGUGAUGACGUACCAGCACUUAUCAUACCAGGGAGAAAAACAUUCUUAUUGCAGCCCUUGGAAUUUGAAGGUCCCUGCAAAUCAAAGAGUGUUCAUGUUCAGGUCUUGGGUAAUUUGGUGGCACCCAAAACACCCGAUGCAUGGAAAGUGUGUCCACCACAUAGUUGGCUUGUAUUUAGAAAAGUGGGCAAUCUUAUAAUCGACGGUUCAGGAAAAAUCGACGGCCAGGGUUCAACUUGGUGGGAGGCUCUACACUUCCUCCGAUGUGAUCAUCUUCGAUUGAGUGGACUUACCCAUAUAAACAGCCCAAGAUCUCAUAUUGGUAUAAGCACAAGCAAUGACGUGGAUAUCUCCCAUCUGACUAUAAUUGCACCUGAUGAAAGUCCAAACACUGAUGGAAUUAACGUCACAAACUCAACCUAUGUCAAUAUUCAUGACUCUAAAAUUGGAACUGGUGAUGACUGCAUUGCAAUCAGUUCUGGUUCUUCCAAUGUUAGGAUAGCCAAGAUUGCGUGCGGACCAGGUCAUGGAAUUAGUGUGGGGAGCUUAGGAGCAGAUGGGGCUUAUGCUGCAGUGGAAAAUAUAUACGUGAGAGAUUGUAGUUUUAAUGGAACUCAAAAUGCAGCAAGAAUCAAGACAUGGCCGGGUGGAUCCGGAUAUGCCAGGAAUAUAACCUUCGAGAACAUCACACUUACCGCAACUAAAAACCCCAUCAUUAUUGACCAACAAUACUGUAACGGUGCUCACAAUUGCCCAAAGAAGAGCAAAGCUGUGCUGGUGAGCAAUGUGAGAUUCACUGGUUUUAGAGGAACUUGUGUUAAUGAGGAGGCCAUCAAAUUAGACUGCAACCAAAUUUGGGGUUGUCAAAACAUUGAACUGGUGAAAAUUAAUAUCACCUCAACGGUUCCAAGUAAGAAGGUUUAUGCAAGUUGCAACAAUGCCAAAGGAAAUUCCGGCUCUACUGUGCCCACUGUAUCUUGCCUCAAGUAUCCCACUCGUCCAUUCAUCUAA